AUGUCGCGCCCAGAUAUAACACUCUACACCGACUCAACGCCCAACGGAAUUAAAAUCUCAAUUGCGCUCGAGGAGCUCGGCAUUCCCUACAAGACCGAACACGUUAAUAUCUCGACCAACCGACAAAAGGAGCCCUGGUUCCUCGAAAUCAACCCAAACGGCCGUAUCCCCGCGCUGACAGAUACGUUUACUGAUGGCCAGAAGAUCCGCCUAUUCGAAGCAGGGAGCAUCCUCACCUACCUGGCCGAGCAAUACGACACGGACCAUAAAAUCAGCUUUCCCAAAGGUAGCCGCGAGCAGUAUGAGAUGAACAACUGGUUGUUCUGGCAGAAUGCCGGCCUGGGACCAAUGCAAGGCCAAGCGCACCACUUUGUCCGCUAUGCUCCGCAGAAGAUCGAAUACGCCGUCAACAGAUACGUCAACGAGACCAGACGACUGUACGGCGUGCUGGAUAAGCAUCUGGAGUCCUCAAAAUCCGGGUUCAUCGUCGGCGACCAUAUCUCGAUCGCGGACAUCACUACCAUCGGAUGGGUCAUGUCGGCUGGUUGGGGUGGUUUAGACAUCGACGAGUUCCCAACGCUCAAGAAGUGGGAGGAGAUGAUGAGCGAGAGGCCGGGCGUCAAGAAAGGCUGUGAAGUUCCCAAGCCUUUCAGCAUCAAGGAGAGGAUGAAGGACAAGAAGGCGCUUGAAGAGUAUGCGAAGAAGGGAAGUAAAUGGAUUGUGCAAGGAAUGGAGGACGACAGAAAGAAGCUUGAGAAGUAA